GCGGAAGGCUCGGAUCCCUCCCCGAUGGGCAGCUGGUCCCGCGGCGCCGUGCUGCAGCUGUACAGAGCGCUGCUCCGCUCCGGCCGCAACCUGCAGUACACCGACCGCAACUACUACAGGCGCGUCAUCGCCCGGGAGUUCAGACGUCACCAGGCGCUCACCGAGCCCCAGGAGAAGGAGGAGGCGCUCGAGAGGGGACAGUUCUUUCUCAGCAGCCGUCUGGGAGGACUCGUCUAA